AGCAUUAUAUUCGUAUAUGACGCCGUGUUAUUGUUGAUAUUCAUGGUUACACAUACACAGCAUUAUAUUCGUAUAUGACGUCGUGUUAUGAUUGAUAGUCAAUGUUACAGAUACACAGCACUAUAUUUGUAUAUUCAGGCUGUCCGGAAGGUUGGCUCUAUCACGAAGGCUCGUAUUAUAUCUUUCACGACAUCAGCUUAGACUACUCAAAGGCGGAAGAUGAGUGUCGCCGAGCAGGCGCAGUUGUGACAACUGCAAAAUCGAAAGAGGAACGGGAUGCCAUUCUCUCCAUCAGUUCUGUAGCUGACAGUAUUUGGAUCGGGGCAACUGAUCAGGACGUGGAAGGUCACUUCCGGUGGCCAGACGGGUCAGCUCUCACUGGAUCUAACUGGAACAAAGGUGAACCCAACAACCGUGGCAAUGAGGACUGCGUGUUAAUGACUCGAGACGGUAAAUGGAACGAUUAUCCAUGCACGCGCAAAAACAAGUUUGUGUGUAAACGAACUCCAACGGCCUGCCUGCCCGGAUGGACGUUGUACCAAGGAGGAUGUUACAAACACCACGCCGAGGACGCGGUGUACGACGACGCGCAGGCUGUAUGUGACGACGAGGACGCCGUAGUGUCCCCAACACAGAGCAUUGGCGAACUCUCCUUCAUAAUGUCUCUCAAGUAA